CGAGAGUGGCGGAACUGAGAUCUGUGACUCCGGGGUCUCGGAAACAGGGAUGCGAGGGGAGGCACCGUGUUCCUUACAAGGGAAGAUACAUUUCCCACUAUCUGUUCAGUCUAGAUUCCUCUUCCCCACUUGUCAGGGACAGGGAAAGUAUAUCCCCGAACAGCACAGCUGCCCCGCCUCUUCCCAAGGGCUGGCACGUGGUACCGGAAGUAGGUGGGGCAAUAUGGAGGAGUUUCCGGCAGGCCCCGGCUGCUGAAAGCCGGGGCAAAAGUGCUGGUCCAGGUCUGGGUUGCUGUCCCGGUCCCGCCGAGGCGGCGGCUGCGGUGAGAGGGAAGAGGCUUGGGACACGCUGGCCCACUGCCGCUGUACGUUGCAACUUUAUUUCAGUUCAAGAUGAACUAUAUGCCCGGCACCGCCAGCCUCAUCGAGGACAUUGAUAAAAAGCAUUUGGUCCUGCUUCGAGAUGGGAGAACACUUAUAGGCUUUUUAAGAAGCAUUGAUCAAUUUGCUAACUUAGUGCUACAUCAGACUGUGGAGCGUAUUCAUGUGGGCAAAAAAUACGGUGAUAUUCCUCGAGGGAUUUUUGUGGUCAGAGGAGAAAAUGUGGUCCUACUAGGAGAAAUAGACCUGGAAAAGGAGAGUGACACACCCCUCCAGCAAGUAUCUAUUGAAGAAAUCCUAGAAGAACAAAGGGUGGAACAGCAGACCAAGCUGGAAGCAGAGAAGCUGAAGGUUCAGGCUCUCAAGGAUCGGGGUCUUUCCAUUCCUCGAGCAGAUACUCUUGAUGAGUAUUAAGUCUUUUGCUCAGAGGCUGCUGUUCUGGAUGAACAGGGCUUUCACUGAAUGCAGGUGACCUCGCACAUUUAACCAGAGACUAUAGAGUUUUUCAAAAGUCACUUUUAUGUUUAAUUCUUUCACAUAUUGAACAUGAAGAAAUCAUA